UUAUCUAGAAACUUUUCGUGGGAUGGCACAGCUAAAGGGCUUUUAACCUACAACUGCUUGCAGUCGCAAACAAUUGGAGGAAACCCAGAUGUCGCUCUAGGACUGGUUAAAUAAAACGUCUUUAUCUAUACAGUGGAUGGUGGGAGGGAUAUGAAGUUCCAUGAAAAAGCUAGUGAAUACCAGGACAGGGGGCUGACACUGUGGCUCAGCAGGUUAAACUGGCAUUGGCUAAACUGUGCCUGGUUUGAGUCCUGUCUGUCCUGUGCUUCCCACCCAGCUUCCUGCUAGCGCACCUGGGAGGCAGUGCUCCCACUCACACGGGAGACCCAGAUGGAGUUCUUGGCGCCAGGCUUUGUCCUUGGCGCAGCUCCUACUGCAGCUCGCACUUGGGGAAUGAGCCAAUGGAUGCAAGAUCUCUGUCUCUCCCUCUGCCCUUAUCACUCUGCCUUUCUAACAAAUGAAUAAAUCUGGAAAAGAAGAAGGGAGUAGGGGAGGGAUGUUGGGAUUUACAACAGUUGCCUGAGACUUUAUAGAUGCCUUCUAGAAGCUUCCUCUGGGAGAGGAUCUGGAGGGGCAGAGCCUGGACAGUUCUGACGGGCCGGCCGCGGUGGUGUGGGCUCUGGAGGCCGUCAGGAUGGCGGAGGAGCAGGAGUUCACCCAGCUGUGCAAGCUGCCAUCGCAGCCCUCGCACCCGCACUGCGUCAACAACACCUACCGCAGCACGCAGCACUCCCAGGCCCUGCUCCGGGGGCUGCUGGCCCUCCGCGACAGCGGGAUCCUCUUCGAUGUGGUCCUGGUGGUGGAGGGGAGGCACAUCGAGGCCCAUCGCAUCCUGCUGGCGGCGUCCUGCGACUACUUCAGAGGGAUGUUUGCUGGGGGCCUGAAGGAGAUGGAGCAGGAAGAGGUGCUGAUCCACGGCGUGUCCUACAACGCCAUGUGCCAAAUCCUGCAUUUCAUAUACACCUCCGAGCUGGAGCUCAACCUCAGCAACGUGCAGGAGACGCUGGUUGCCGCCUGCCAGCUUCAGAUCCCAGAGAUUAUCCAUUUCUGCUGCGACUUCCUCAUGUCCUGGGUGGACGAGGAGAACAUUCUGGAUGUCUACCGGCUGGCCGAGCUGUUUGACCUGAGCCGCCUGACCGAGCAGCUGGACGCCUACAUCCUCAAGAACUUUGUGGCCUUCUCCCGGACUGACAAGUACCGCCAGCUGCCCCUGGAGAAGGUCUACUCCCUGCUCAGCAGCAACCGCCUGGAGGUGUCGUGCGAGACGGAGGUCUACGAGGGGGCCCUGCUCUACCAUUACACCCUGGAGCAGGUGCAAGCCGACCAGAUCUCGCUGCAUGAGCCCCCCAAGCUCCUGGAGACGGUGCGCUUUCCCCUGAUGGAAGCAGAGGUCCUGCAGCGCCUGCAUGACAAGCUGGACCCCAGCCCGCUGCGGGACACGGUGGCCAGUGCCCUCAUGUACCACCGGAAUGAGAGCCUGCAGCCUAGCCUGCAGGGCCCCCAGACGGAGCUGCGGUCAGACCUGCAGUGUGUGGUGGGCUUCGGGGGCAUUCACUCCACACCGUCCACGGUGCUCAGCGACCAGGCCAAGUACCUGAACCCCCUGCUGGGGCAGUGGAAGCACUUCACCGCCUCCCUGGCCCCCCGCAUGUCCAACCAGGGCAUCGCGGUCCUCAACAACUUCGUGUACCUGAUCGGAGGGGACAACAACGUCCAGGGUUUCCGAGCCGAGUCCCGGUGCUGGCGGUAUGACCCACGGCACAACCGCUGGUUCCAGAUCCAGUCCCUGCAGCAGGAGCACGCAGACCUGUGUGUGUGUGUCGUGGGUGGGUACAUCUACGCCGUGGCGGGCCGUGACUACCACAACGACCUGAACGCCGUGGAGCGCUACGACCCUGCCACCAACUCCUGGGCCUACGUGGCCCCACUCAAAAGGGAGGUGUACGCCCACGCGGGUGCCACGCUCCAGGGGAAGAUGUACGUGACCUGUGGCCGCCGAGGGGAGGACUACCUGAGGGAGACGCACUGCUACGACCCGGCCAGCAACACCUGGCUCACCCUGGCCGACGGGCCUGUGCGGCGGGCCUGGCAUGGCAUGGCUACGCUCCUGGACAAGCUGUACGUGAUUGGGGGCAGCAACAAUGACGCCGGCUACAGGCGGGACGUGCACCAGGUGGCCUGCUACAGCUGCACAUCGGGACAGUGGUCGUCCGUCUGCCCGCUCCCAGCUGGCCACGGCGAGCCCGGCAUUGCCGUGCUGGAGAACAGGAUCUACGUGCUGGGCGGCCGCUCGCACAACCGCGGCAGCCGCACGGGCUACGUGCACAUCUACGACGUGGAGAAGGACUGCUGGGAGGAGGGGCCCCAGCUGGACAACUCCAUCUCGGGCCUGGCGGCCUGCGUGCUCACUCUGCCCCGCUCCCUGCUCCUCGAGCCGCCCCGCGGGACCCCCGACCGCAGCCAGGCUGACCCAGAUUUUGCCUCCGAGGUGAUGAGUGUGUCAGGACUGGGAGGAGUUUGACAACUCCAGCGAGGACUAGGGCUCCAGGCCUGGGGUCGGAGGUCAGGGUGGCAGCAGCCGCCAGGGCCUAGGUCAGGGCAGCUGACUCCAGGGUUGGGGGGCCUGCCCAUGGCGCCCAGGGUUCCCCGGCUGCUGCACCCUUGCUUUAUGCCAACCCCUGGGCCAGCCUGGUUGACCGCCCAGUGGGACGUGUUCCUGGACCUCGUCGGUGAGUCCUGGGACUGGGUGAGGGGAGACUCAGUGCCACCUGCUCGGCCUUUCUCCCACCCCCACCCUCGCCUGUACGGUCCCUGCCGGCCACAGAAGGUCCCUUCUCCAAGGGAACCAUCGAGGCGGAUGGGCUGGGUGCACAGCCCGGGCCCGCAGCCUGCCCGGCAGCUUGAGCCAUUGCAGAGCGGGCAGAGCCGCCCUAGGUGCCUGGGCCUGGCUCUGGUGAUUCAAAGCCCCCCCCAGCCCCGACUCCCCCUGGGUUUUUCUGACCCUGUGUUGUUGAUAAAUGAAAUAAAAGCAUCCUAAUGAGCCAGA